AUGAGAACAGAUGAUGUUUAUAAAACUUUUGAAGUAGUUAGUGGCACUACAGUUGAUUCAAGGACAUUGGUUCAACAUGCAAGAAAUGAGGCAGCUGACUUUCAUUAUUAUUAUGGUAAUGAGAUGACUGUGAAUGUAUUGGCAAGAUGGAUUGCUAACAAAUCACAACUUUAUACUCAACAUGCUUACAUAAGACCACUUGAUAUGGUGUAGGAUAUUGAUGAUGGGAAUGAGCCCAAACUCUUCAAAUGUGAUCCAUCAAUCCUCUUUCUGGACAAAAAUGAUGAUUUAGAAGAGUUGAGGGAGCUUGUGAGGAAACAAAAAGAGCAAAUCGAAGAUUUUAAGGAAAUAAUGAAGGCCAAAGAUGACCAACACUACGCAAGAAUUGAGCAACUUAAUAAACAACUACAAUUGGCAAUGGUUGUUAUUAAUGCUUUUAAACAGCUACAAAACUAGUAGGUCAUAAAGUGUUGAUAUGUUUAUUGCAAAG